AUGAAUGGACUAACGCUUGAACAACGCUACGAAAUUAUCCAAAUUUACUUUGAAAAUCAGUCGUCGAUUCGCGCAACUUAUAGACGACUUCGUCAUUUUUAUGGCGUACAUAAUCGUCCAUCUGAACAAGCCAUUCGUCGAACUGUGGAUAGAUUUCGUACCACAUACUCUCUAGAGGAUGCAAUAAUACCAACACGUCGAAGGAAUGUGCGUAGUGAAGAGAAUAUCGCCGCUGUAAACGAAAGUGUGGAAGAAGAUCCAAAUUUAUCGAUUCGUCGUCGGUCGCAGCAAUUGGGGCUCUGUCCGUCCACUACGUGGAAAAUUUUGCGCAAAGAUCUCAGCCUACACCCGUAUAAGAUCCAGCUGGUGCAGGAAUUGAAGCCACGAGACCAUUAUAUGCGUCGUUCUUUCGCCGAUUGGGCUCUAGAGCAGUUGGCAACUGACCCGUUGUUUUAUCGCAAAAUUGUGUUCAGCGAUGAGGCGCAUUUUUGGCUUAACGGGUUUGUUAAUAAGCAAAAUUGCCGCAUAUGGAGUGAGACCAAUCCACAAGAGACCAUACAGACUCCAUUACAUCCAGAAUAA